AGAAAAUGAACACCUACAUUACUUUAGCUUGCCUUCUGGCCGUCGCUGGCGUGAGCCACGGCAGUGCGAUUGGCUACGGAUGGGGCGGACUUGGUGCUAGCGGUCUCGGCUGGAACGGUCUGGGCUGGAACGGUCUCGGCUGGAAUGGUCUCGGUUGGGACGGUUAUGGCUGGGGAGGCAAAGCGGUCACAGCCCCAGCUGCAGUCUCCUCUGCCAACCUAUAUAAAGCCGCCCCGAUUCCAGUUCUCCGAACCUGGGCUGCCCCUGUCAUUAGCGCCCCCGUUUACAAGUCUGUCGCCGCCCCUGUUGCGCCUCUAGGCUUAGGGUGGAGUGGUGUCAACCCAUGGGGCUAUGGAUAUGGUCUUGGCUCCUGGGGCAAAGGUUGGGGCUCUUGGGGCGGUUGGGGCAAAUUCUAAACUCUCUUCAAACGAAGCUUUUUCUAUCGAAAUUUUUCUUCAUGAAUUGGCAAAACAAUGCACUUUAUUAAUUAAAAGCAUUCACCGUA